AUGGCCACGGCUUUGGCGGUGCGGCCGGGGCAGCCAGCAGGCAAGCCGAAAGACGACGAUGCGCGGCUCCGAAAGGAGCUGGCAGCUUUGUGCGUCCGGGGCCAGCGGCAGCAAGUGCUGGAGGUGCUUUCCGGGGACAUCGUGAAGGUGGCCUCCAGCCAGUUGGAUGCUACAGGAGCUUCUGCCCUGCACCUCGCGGUUCUCGGGGGCCAUCUCGUCUUCACCCAGGAGCUCAUCGCGGCAUCUUGCGAUGUGAAUGCCAGAGACCACCAGGACAAAACGCCGUUGCACAUUGCCAGUGCCGAAGGCUACGCGGAGCUGGCGCUGGAGCUGCUAGUGGCUGGCGCAGGCGCCAACGACCUGGAUAGCAUGGGCCAGACGCCCUUGCACGCGGCCUCGUUCACAGAGAACCUGGACUUGAUCUCCGUUCUGCUGGACCACGGGGUUGACCCAACUCUCCGGGACGCGCAUGGCAGGACAGCUGCCUUCAUAGCCGCGGAGAAGGGGAAGAUCAGCUUCUUGAGCCUGUUGCUGGAGAAGGAGCCAGGCCUUGCAUUGAUCCCGAACAACGAAUUUUGGACGCCGCUUCAUGUGGCCGCAUGGGGUAUGCAGUCAGUCAAGAACUUUACCCGGCCACUCAAGUUCCUGGAGUCGCUGAAGCUUCUGCUUACGGCAAAGGCAGAAGCUGAUGCCAAGGACGAGAAUUGCUGCACGCCCAUGCACAGAGCGGCACAGGCCGGAAACUCUGACACGCUGCAGGCUCUUCUGCAAGCCGGGGCUCAGAUCUCCAUGGCAGACGAGUGCAGGAUUCCACGAGCGGAUCCGCACCGCCGAUUCGAACGCCUGGAAACGCGCUGCUUUCAGUUAUGCUGGCAGCCUGCUGCAAGCCUGGUUCAACCAUACGCCCUCUCCCGCUUGGAAUCUGCCUGGAGGUGGACGCCUUUGCACUACGCAAGCCAGCUGGGGCACCUGGAGAUCGCACGCCUGCUCCUGGAUGCCGGGGCCGAGGCGAAUCCAGCCAAUCCGCCCUGCCUGACUCCGCUGGCGGUGGCGACCAUGGAGAAUCAGGUGAAGAUGGUGGAGUUGCUGUUGAAGCGUCAGGCGGACCCCAACGCGCGAGCCAAAGGCCUCCAUUCGCCUUUGAUGAUGGCGCGCAAAGAGCCGGCCAAGUACGCAGAUAUUUUGGCACUCUUCGAGAUUGGCUUCGCGCGCGAGGGCCGAUUCGAGGCACACGUCCUGGCCACCUCGCACUUUCAGCGCUUCGACAACUUUAAGCCGGUCACAUUUGAGAACAUGGACCGCGCAGCACAGAGCUUUGCACUACCGGGACCCUUUUGGCAGGACAAGUUCUGGGGUUUCGGCGCCACCGCGCCUGUGGAGAACGCCGAGAAGGUGAAAGAGUUGCAGAAUGCCUUUGCGUCGGAGAUUCGGAACGCAAAGACUCCCACCACCAGCGGCUAUGGCACCCGCAGCCACCAGGACCGAGGUGUGAGCAAGCUCCUGCGAGCUGCCCAUGUGAGCGCCGAGGCUUUACGCUGCUUGUCGCACAUGGGGGAGGAAGAGAUCAACUGGAAGGAUGGUGAUGGCCUGACGCUUCUCGACUACGCGGCUGUGUCUGGCAUGCGGUCCUUGUGUGCGGCUCUGCUUUGGAAUCCCGACUUUCAGCACGUGGAGCCCAGCACUGCCAACUUCACUCCGUUGCAUUGGGCUGCGAGCUGUGGUCAGGCUGCAGUGUGCCACGCGCUGCUUGAGCACCCGCGGUUCCUUGACAUGGCCGGCCUCGAUGGCUGUGGGCGCACGGCCCUGCACAUCGCAGCUCAGAGCGGGCACGCGGAGGUUUGCAGGGUUCUUCUGAAGCAUCCGCGGUUCAUUGCAUCGCGCCCGCGAGUCAAGGAUGCCCUGGGCGACACCCCGCUUCACCGGGCUGCUGCUUUUGGGCAUGCCCAUGUGUGUGAAGUGCUGCUGGACCACCCGCGGCAAGCUGGUAAGCUGAGCACCAAAGACGUGCAAGGCAGAACGCCUCUUGAGCGCGCCAUCAGGGAGGGUCGCCUGAAAGCCAGCCGGUUUUUGAAUCAGCUUACCAGACAACAGGCCACACGCACAGCUCCAGAUCGACAGGAAGUGACCUUCAGAGCUUUGGACAACGGGGACGGCAUCGUCAGCCGGCAAGUUCAGAAGGUGCAGAGGCAGCUCGACAUGAUGGAUGAAAAUGGUGACGGCAGCAUCAGCAGAGCAGAGUUUGACAAGGCCAUCAAGCAGACAGCCUUGGAUCUGAACGGCGACGGUGUUGUGACAGCGCAGGAAGUCCAGCAGGCGAAGGACACUUUCAGAGCCCUUGACACCAAUGGCGAUGGCGUCGUCAGCCUGCAAGAAGUUCAGAAGGUGCAACAGCAGCUGGACAUGAUGGAUGAAAAUGGCGACGGCAGCGUCAGCAGAGCAGAGUUUGACAAGGCUGUCAAGCAGCAGACAGCCUUGGAUCUGAACGGCGACGGUGUUGUGACAGCGCAGGAAGUCCAGCAGGCGAGGGACACUUUCAGAGCCCUGGACACCAAUGGCGAUGGCGUCGUCAGCCGGCAAGAUGUUCAGAAGGUGCAGAAGCAGCUGGACAUGAUGGAUGAAAACGGCGACGGCAGCGUCAGCAGAGCAGAGUUUGACAAGGCGCAGACAGCCUUGGAUCUGAACGGCGACGGUGUUGUGACAGCGCAGGAAGUCCAGCAGGCGAAGGACACUUUCAGAGCCCUGGACACCAAUGGCGAUGGCGUCGUCAGCCGGCAAGAAGUUCAGAAGGUGCAGAAGCAGCUGGACAUGAUGGAUGAAAAUGGCGACGGCAGCGUCAGCAGAGCAGAGUUUGACAAGGCUGUCAAGCAGCAGACAGCCUUGGAUCUGAACGGCGACGGUGUUGUGACAGCACAGGAAGUUCAGCAGGCGAAGGACACUUUCAGAGCCCUGGACACCAACGGCGAUGGCGUCGUCAGCCGGCAAGAAGUUCAGAAGGUGCAGAAGCAGCUGGACAUGAUGGAUGAAAAUGGCGAUGGCAGCGUCAGCAGAGCAGAGUUUGGCAAGGCUGUCAAGCAGCAGACAGCCUUGGAUCUGAACGGCGACGGUGUUGUGACAGCACAGGAAGUUCAGCAGGCGAAGGACACUUUCAGAGCCCUGGACACCAACGGCGAUGGCGUCGUCAGCCGUCAAGAAGUUCAGAAGGUGCAGAAGCAGCUGGACAGGAUGGAUGAGAAUGGCGACGGCAGUGUCAGCAGAGCAGAGUUUGACAAGGCCCAGCAGACAGCCUUGGAUCUGAACGGCGAUGGUGUUGUGACAGCACAGGAAGUCCAGCAGGCAGGGACACUUUCAGAGCCCUGGACACCAAUGGCGAUGGCGUCGUCAGCCGGCAAGAAGUUCAGAAGGUGCAAAAGCAGCUGGACAUGAUGGAUGAAAAUGGCGACGGCAGCGUCAGCAGGGCAGAGUUUGACAAGGCUGUCAAGCAGCAGACAGCCUUGGAUCUGAACGGCGACGGUGUUGUGACAGCACAGGAAGUUCAGCAGGCGAAGGACACUUUCAG